AUGGCGGCGCACAUUCUUACAGUUCUAUUUUUACUAAUAUCUUUUUCUCAAGUGUCGCUAAUCCUAACCGCUGCAAGCGAGACAAGUCAAAAACAACAAAAUACAAGUUUGAGCAUAACUGAAGACUAUAAAACACUUCGCAACGAUGCUCAGUGGUUUUUUCAAAACGUUGAAGUUAUCGCCGAUAUACUGGUACAUAUAUUACCUGAAAUUGAUACAGAAGGUAGCAGAUCCUUGCAAUCUACAACUGAGGAUGUCUCCUUCGUCGAAAACACGCGUCUUACAUUGCUCAUUGGGCUGCGUCAUGUGCUGGUAGGCGUUAAGGAAAUCUCAGUCGCCUUUCAAAGUCACUUAUCAGGUGAUCACGAGCUGCAACUGCUACAAAUACAAACCGUCGCACUGCUGUUUCAGGAUGUUAUUAGUUUUGCUAAAUAUUGGCUUUCAAUGCUGCGCAAUAGUGUUUCCGAAUUGUUUCGCAUUUACAACUACUAUAUACCCGAAAUGCUCCUUGGCAAAUGUUUUGUCAAAUACAUCACAACUACAUAUCCAGACAGCAGCUUUUACCAGUAUCCCUUUAUACUAAUCAGAGAAGUUAUCGACUUCGGGCUAUUUUACUUACGUAAAUUGCAAAUAUAUGAGCGAGUAAAGGAAACGCCACCACCUCCAGCAAUAGAAGCAAACGAUGAACAAAACGAAAUUUGGACAAAUGAAAUAUUAAAUAAAUAUUCAAGAAGUCUUGGUUUUGUUAAGAAUUACGAUGCACAAAAAACAAGCUUGAAGAGCAGUAAACAUCCAUUGCAGAAAUGCUUCGAAAUGUACGCAGCGGAGAGCAUUUUGAAACUGGUGAAAAUAUUUUUUAUAGGAGAUUAAUUAUGAACUUGACUCAAAUAAUUCUCUGGCAAUGUUGCAGCUUCCUGGUAAUGAUUAGUGUACAUUGAAUUACCUAGCGGAGAGCGAAUUUAAACUGGUGAAAUUAUUUUUUAUAGGAGAUUAAUGAUGAACUGUGAAUGAAAAUAUUUCUGUGAAAUGAAUGAGAAUGAAAUAGUUCUCUGGCAAUGUUGCAGCUUCCUGG